AUGAAUACAUUAAUAAGAAGAAGCUUUAUGCCAUUCUGUAAUACGACAUUUAAGUUAUCUACUCGAUUAUUAGCCGAUGCGCCGAUCAAUGAGAAAAUCGACAAAAUUGUGAAGAAUAAUAAAGUAGUUGUUUUUAUGAAAGGUGUUCCAGAUGCUCCACGUUGUGGUUUUAGUAAUGCGGUUGUUCAAAUAAUGAGAAUGCACGCUGUGCCAUAUGAAAGUCAUGAUGUAUUAUCAGAUGAGAACCUUAGGCAAGGAAUCAAAGAAUAUUCUAAUUGGCCAACAAUUCCACAAGUAUUUAUUAAUGGAGAAUUUGUUGGUGGCUGUGAUAUAAUGCUUCAAAUGCAUCAGUCUGGAGAACUUGUUGAAGAACUUAAAAAAGUUGGCAUAAAAAGUGCAUUGCUUACAGCGGAAGAAGCAAAAAAGGAAGAAAAUAAG